AUGAAUUCCCAUCCUUACGACACGAGAACCCCGUCGCCGGGUCGGCCGUUGAACGCCUACCAGUUGUCGGAUAACCCCUACGGACAGGAUCAUAUCGCUAUGCCUUCGUCGGACCGCCUGGCCGAACAGCCAACGUACUCGGUGGAACGACUCCCCCAUUCCUAUGGCCACGACUACGCGUUGGAUCCCGAAGCUCACCACGACUCCUACUACACUCAACCAUAUCAACCCUCCGUCGUCACCCCCCAGGACGACUACGACCUUGGGCAGUACCCCGAACACCAGCAGAGCUACCAGGAUGACCGCGUUCCUAUCCUGCAGCAGCCGGAGAACCCCUUCGGCCCCGACCCCUACAGCGACGAGCUGGAUCCGUCCCUGGCCCAUACGCCGAGCCCGGCCCCGAUCCGACGCUGGAAGACCGUCAAGGAGGUCCAGCUCUUCAACGGCAACCUCGUGCUCGACUGCCCCAUCGCCCCCAAACUGCUCAGCCAGGUGCCGCACGCCGAACCGCCCGGGCGCGACGAGUUCACGCACAUGCGCUACUCCGCCGCCACCUGCGACCCCAACGGCUUCUUCGACGAGCGCUUCACCCUGCGCCAGAAGCUGUUCGCCAAGCCGCGCCACACCGAGCUCUUCAUUGCCAUCACCAUGUACAACGAGGAUGACUUCCUCUUCGCGCGCACCCUGAUCGGUGUCUUCAAGAACAUCGAGCACAUGUGCUCGCGCACCCACAGCAAGACCUGGGGCAAGGACUCCUGGAAGAAGAUCGUGGUCUGCGUCAUCAGCGACGGGCGCGCCAAGAUCAACCCGCGCACCCGCGCCGUGCUGGCCGGUCUCGGUGUCUACCAGGACGGCAUCGCCAAGGAACAGGUCAACGGCAAGGACGUGACGGCCCACAUCUACGAGUACACGACGCAGGUGGGCCUCGAGCUCAAGGGUAACCAGGUGCACCUCAAGAAGCGCGCAGGCGUGCCGGUGCAGAUGAUCUUCUGCCUGAAGGAGAAGAACCAGAAGAAGAUCAAUUCGCAUCGGUGGUUCUUCCAAGCCUUUGGCCGCGUGCUGGAUCCCAACAUCUGCGUGCUUCUGGAUGCGGGUACCAAGCCCGGGCGCGACUCCAUCUACCACCUGUGGAAGGCGUUCGACAUCGAGCCCAUGUGCGGUGGCGCCUGCGGCGAGAUCAAGGCGAUGUUGUCGCACGGAAAGAAGCUACUUAACCCGCUGGUGGCGGGCCAGAACUUCGAGUACAAGCUGAGCAACAUCCUCGACAAACCGCUCGAGUCGUCGUUCGGCUUCAUCUCGGUGCUCCCCGGUGCCUUUUCGGCCUACCGCUUCGUGGCUCUACAGAACGACAAGAACGGGCAGGGCCCGCUGGAGCGGUACUUCCUGGGCGAGAAGAUGCACGGCGCCAACGCGGGUAUCUUCACGGCCAACAUGUACCUGGCCGAGGAUCGUAUCUUGUGUUUCGAGAUCGUGACCAAGCGCAACUGCCGCUGGCUGCUGCAGUACGUCAAGUCGUCGACGGGCGAGACCGACGUGCCGGACCGCAUGGCCGAGUUCAUCCUGCAGCGGCGCCGCUGGCUGAACGGCAGUUUCUUCGCGGCGGUGUACGCCAUCGCGCACUUCUACCAGAUCUGGCGCAGCGACCACAGCUUCCUGCGCAAGUUCAUGCUUCUGAUCGAAUUCAUCUACCAAACCAUCUGCAUGCUGUUCGCCUGGUUCGGUAUCGGCAACUUCUUCCUGGUCUUCCACAUCUUAACCACGUAUCUAGGGGACAAGGAGCUCCUCGGCACAGUGGGCAAGAUCCUGGGCGUGGUGUUCGAGUGGUUAUACCUAGCGACACUAGUGACGUGUUUCGUGCUAGCCCUGGGCAACCGCCCAGGCGGGUCGAACAAGUUCUACAUGACGAUGGUGUACUUCUGGAUUGGUAUCAUGAUCUACCUGUCGUUCGCGGCGGUGUUUGUGACAGUCAAGUCGAUCCAGAAGGAGACACAGGACAACAAGUUCUCGCUGGCGCAGCUGUUCUCCAACAAGCAAUUCUUCUCCAUUGUCGUAUCACUAGGGUCGACCUACGUCAUGUGGUUUGUAGCGUCGUUUAUCUUCAUGGACCCGUGGCACAUGUUCACCUGCUUCAUCCAAUACCUCCUGCUCACACCGACCUACAUCAACGUCCUCAACAUCUACGCCUUCUGCAACACGCACGACAUCACCUGGGGCACGAAAGGCGACGACAAGGCCGAAAAGCUGGGCUCCGCCAACGUCAAGCCCGGCGGCAAGGUCGACGUCAACAUCCCCCAAGACGACGGCGACCUGAACGCGCAGUACGACGCGGAGCUCACCAAGUUCGCGCAGAAGGCCCCCAAGGAGGUCGAGGACAUCUCGGACGGGGACCGCCAGGCAGACUACUACAAGGGAUUCCGCAGUGCAGUCGUGCUGGUGUGGGUGUUUUGCAACUUCGCCCUGGGCGCGGUCGUGCUGAGCGCGGCGGGGCUCGACCGGUUCGAAGGCGACGAGAAGAAGUCGCAGACGCCGAAGCGCGAGUCGAGCUCGGGCGGCUCGACGGAGAACGAGCGCGCGACGAUCUACAUGGCUGUCGUGCUGUGGAGUGUGGCUUGCAUGUCGAUUUUCAAGUUUGUGGGUGCGAUGUGGUAUUUGGUUGUGCGAAUGUUCCGCGGUGUCUAA